CGUCUCCUCCAAAUUGCACCCCCGGCCGGCCUCCCCCAAUUUCUUCCGUUCUACCUUCAGCCACCCUUCGUGCGUCGGCCAUGAGUAUUAGGCCGCAGGGGCAGACGCCAGUGCCCUACCCAGACAUAGAUCUCUCCCUGGCGCCCCCAGCGGCUCCGUCGCCGUCUGAUGAGUUCCGUCGGGUGUUGGCCAUGGUGAUUAGGGGGCGUAGGCCGCAGAGGCAGCCGUCGCCGGUGUUGGACUUGGAUCUCGCCCUCGCGCCCCCAGCGGCUCCAUUUCCGUCUUCGCCUCCGCAGGGACAAAGUUUCUUCUUCCUUCAACUCCUUCCUCUCCUCCAGUGCGCCUCCACCCAACGACCCGCCGGCGCGCUCCCUGGAGCGUCCGCCCGCAGACCCGCGGCGCUCCCCUGCUCCAGCCGCCGCGAGCUGCCUUGGUUCCGCCCGCGUGCCCCCGAACCCGAUGAGCUCGUCGCCUUCGUCCGCACGCCCCGUCGCCACGCGCUCGAGCGUGCCGUCCGCCGCGUCUGUUGCACUGCCUGCACGAGCUCGCCACCGCACCCAUACCCACCCACCCGAGCCUGCUGUCGUGCCUGCACACGUUCUUGCCGUGACGCCCAAAUUGGCGGCGAGAUUGGUGAGGAACAAUUGAAGAAGAGGACGAGUCAGGGAGGUAGAGGAGGUCUACGAGAGGCCAUAGGUGGCGGCGGCGUAGCACGUGGCGCUCUUGCAGAGUAGGCGGAGGCAUCGCCGGCGGCCGUGGGGAGCCGACGGGCAGGGCCACUGGAGAUCGCGGCGGAGCCGACGUGGCAGCGGCGCGAAUCGAUGGACGUGCCGACCAUAUCAACGGUGGCAGCAGAGGUCCGUGGGGUGAGAUGGUGCCGUCGUUGGCCCUGAUUCAGCCUGGAGAUGGGGUCGGGGAGGUGGUCGCAGAUGCGGGCGGAAAUAAAUUUGUACACUUGGAUCAAGACAACUUUCGUUUCUAGUGUCCGACCACUCACAUUGAAUCAAUACUAAAUGGAUGUAAAUUGUUAUUUGCUGAGUGCAUGAGCCAAUAGAAAAAUGAGUUGUUUUGUGAAACAAACCCAAAAAAUCUACUCACUCCGUCCCAUAUCAAGUGACUUUCUAUUACAUGUAUCUAAACGUAUUUUAGUAUAUAGAUAAUUACAUAUUUAAACAAAUUUGAGUCACAAACUUAAUAUGAGACGGAGGGAGC